GGGUGGGGGGUUGGCGUGGGGCAGACCUGGGGCAAUUUGGGGGUGCUGGGGCAGUUUGGGGUCUGGCCUGGGCGCUGCAGGCGGGCUGGGGGCAGUGGGGUCACAGGAGGGGGCUGGCCGGUAACAGCCACCCACAGGCCCCUGCGUGGGGGCCGGUGCCGUCCCCUCGGCCGUGGGUCCCUCCCGGCACAGGGACCAGGCAGCAGCCGUGACCCUCCCCCCUCCACACCCCGGGGUCCCCCCUGCCCCCAGGCUGAGAGCGGUGCCCUGGACUCUGCUGCGCUGCCUGCUCCCAGCCCCCCCGUGCACCCCGAGAUGGCCGCACAGCUCCGGUACCCUGGGCAGGUAUCCCACGCUGUGCCACAGCUCCCCGCACCUGCCCCAUGCCAUGGCGGACCCCCCGACGCUGAAGCCACUGGUGGCUGUGGGCCAGGUCACCUCCACGCCUGACAAGGAGCUGAACUUCGCCAUCUGUGCCGGGCUGGUGCGGGAGGCCACACAUCGCGGCGCCUGCCUCGUCUUCCUCCCCGAGGGCUUUGACUACAUCGGCUCCAACACGGCGCAGACCCUCAGCCUGGCUGAGGGACUGGACGGGGACCUCAUGGGACGCUACGCCAAGCUGGCUAAGGAGUAUGGCGUGUGGCUGUCCCUGGGUGGCUUCCACGAGCGCGGCCAGGACUGGCCAACCACGCAGCGCAUCUACAACUGCCAUGUGCUGCUGGACCCUGCAGGUAACAUUGUGGCCGCUUACAGGAAGACCCACCUGUGUGACGUGGAGCUGGAGGGACGCGUCACCAUGAAGGAGAGCAGCUUCACCAAUCCUGGUACCGAGAUCGUGGCCCCGAUCAGCACACCGGCAGGGAAGCUCGGCCUCUCCAUCUGCUAUGACCUGCGCUUCCCCGAGAUCUCGCUAGCGCUGCGGCGUGCCGGUGCCGAGAUCCUCACCUACCCUUCAGCCUUCACCGUCCCCACGGGCUCAGCACACUGGGAGCAGGUGCUGCUGCGGGCCCGGGCCAUCGAGAGCCAGUGCUACGUGGUGGCAGCUGCCCAGACUGGGAAGAACCAUGAGCAUCGGACGUCCUAUGGCCAUGCGCUGGUGGUGGACCCCUGGGGUGCCGUGGUGGCCCAGUGCCAUGAGGGAACUGGGCUCUGCUACGCCGAGAUCGACCUCAACUACCUGCACCGCAUCCGCCAGGAGAUCCCGGUGCACAGCCACCGCCGGCCUGACCUCUAUGGCACCAUGGCAGCCACAGGGCUGGCACCAGUGCCAUGAGCCCCUCCCUGGUGUGGUAAAAUCCAGAGCAGGGCCAGAGCUGCUCUUUCAGACUGUUUCUCCCCAAAAUGCAGCAGCAAGAUGGGCUCAGGGUUCCCUGUGCCGCAGCCAGAAGUGUCUCCCCCCCAAGCUCCCAUAGUGCUGGGGGGGCGGGUCAGGGGUCCCCCCAGCACAGGCAGGGGCAGAAGGAGCCAGCCAGGCACUGCGGUAGAUGUUUAUUUCAAGAAACCCGAAAGCUACACAGGGAAUAUGACCAUUAUAUUGAAGUUUAAAAAAUACAGAAGUCACAGAAAUUACA